AUGACCACAGCACCCAGUGCAAAAAAACAGAACUCGUUUGUCCAUCUGUGGCACCGCCGACACGUGAAUCUUGACUUCUUUGGAUCCUUCGGCUUGGCUCAGGCCUUUUCUGUUGUUUCAAAGCUGCUGUCUCAGCGUCGGCUUGACCUGCUGGAUGAACUUGUAUCAGCAGAGGUACUUCAGGUGCUGAAGGAAAAGAUUUCUUUGCUCCCUGACAACCACAGGGAUGCUUUAGCAGCUGACAUUGAUUCAAUCAUGUACACAACAGAAGGAGAUGUUCGCUUUUACUACGGUGAUGAUGGAAGAAAGUUUGUUAGUAUCCUGAUGCGUUUCUGGUAUCUGAAUGGUGCUGACCUGCCUGAUGAAGUACCAGGUGAAACCAAAGUUUUCCAGAUUGUGUUUGGAGAUGAAAGCAUAAAAGAAAAAAGACAUCUUUUAACAGCAAACUAUGAGUUCCAAAGGGAGUUUACAGAAGGAGCAAAACCAGACUGGACAAUUACACGGAUUGAACAUCCGAGGCUAUUAGAAUAAACGUCUUCUACAGUCCUUUUAUGUACCAUUAUAAAUGUUCUGAUGUAACAAACAUCAGGCUUUUUUUUUGGUCUCUCUUUCCCCUUCCUGCCUUCUGCUCCAAAAGAGGGGUGAAUUUUGUAUGUUUGAUUUUCCAAAAUUGUUUCUGAAACUCACACUAUGCUGCAGCGUUACAAUAAAGACUUUUCCCUGGGGCAGGCUCGUCCAUGUUUAAUUAGUACUAAUGCUCAUCCAGGGCGUUUGCACAGCGCAGUUUCGUGCAGGCUGGUACUACCGAUGUGCCGACUUCUUACCUUCUGAGAAGAAAUGGUGCUGCCUGAAGAUAAACAACACUUUUGUGGCUGGUGGUCCUUCU